AUGAAAGAUUCAAAAAACAAAGACACGAGCGAGAGUAGUUCAAAAGAGUUAGAUAAGCCUUCCUCCCCAAACUCACAGAAGAGUGUGCCAAAAAACGUUAUUGACGGGCCAAAAGUGGUAGAGCCGGUUUUUGAGCAAAGAGAACCAUUAGACGAGCAGAUAAAAGGUCAGAUUGUACUUUCUCUAGCCACAUUCACCGAUGAAUCUCCUCCAACAAAGAUAUGUGAGGCCCUGAAAAGCAUGCUUGAUAGUAAGUUUGGGAAGGGAUGGUGUGUGUUUGCCGGAGGACACUUUGCAGGGAGCUGUACAUUUGAGGAAAAGUACUUCGCACAGAUAUCAUUUGGUACAUAUUCGAUAACUAUAUUUAGGAUAUUUAUUCCAGGAAGUUAG